AACCGAAACGUCAAGGAACAGUUUCUUACCUCUCGUUACAGGUUUUCGUUCAAGAUGGACGGACCAUCGUCGCCUGUGGUCGUGCCCACCGCCGAGCCAGCCGCAAAUGAGCCUAAUCGGGAGAAUAAGUCCGUAUCCAAGUACGAAGUCGAUACUGCCAACGAGGACAACGAUGCAGACGACGACGAAUCCGAUGGCAACGCUCCAUCCAAGCCAGGGUCCGUUAGGCCUGUUCCGUCGACGGACGACUUUCCACAAAUGAGCUUAUCCGCGCAUCAUGAGCCCCCUCUGAAGCUCAAAUUCAAGCGGCAACAUACGUUUCAGACGCGCCAGCGCCGCCAUUUGAAGAAGCAGGUCAAGAAGAUUGUGGCGACGUCCCACUCAAUGAGGCAAUUCCUGCUCGUGCUCUGGCGCACCUGUGGGUCCAUUCAUGCGCACGAAAUGUUGGCAUUUGCUCUUAUUGUCGUGGGCAUUUUAUCGGAAAGUGCGACCCCCGCGCCUCGCUACAACGUGCCCAUCGGCACCGUGUUGUUGACUGUCUCCAUCAAAAAGAUCGAACUAAAACUGCUUACCACGGGCUUGCUCGUGGCUAUUGGCAUGGACAUUGUGUGGCUGUGCCGCCACGAAACCACUAGUUAUGGCGGGACGUUCCCGUUCUCGAUCCUCAGCAUCACACGUGUAUGGGUUGCGUGUUGUAUGUGUCUCAAGGCUGGUUUCACCAUGUCCGUCUAUUGGUUCUUGGAACCCCAUGAAAUGUCCACCAAGUACCCCACGGUGGCGUCGGCGCGCCAGCUCCGCCGGUUGAUUUUCCAAAAAAUCGGCUACUUCUUUCCGACAACGGCCUUACCUCCGCUGGGCGACCUCUCCCGGCACACGUUAUUGCGUGUGGUGGCGCUGCUAUGGAUCCACGUCGUCUCGGGGGGUGUGCUACUUGUCUUGGGGCUGGUAUCGUGUGCGUCGUUCACCAUGUACCCGCAGUUCCGGUCUGCUGCCCUGGGCAUCCCCCUGCACUACAUGAUCCUUGUCAAAGGCGGGACCACCCUCGCCUCGGUGAUGCUGUUCGUAAACCAUUUGCACUUGCCAGUGUGGCGCUGCCUGCGCCUCCUGCACUCAUUGCAGGGGUUCAAAGGGCCCCUCAUCCACUGGCAUGGCAUCGGAUACGGUCAAGAUUCAAACUGGAUCAAGACGUUGCAGUUUGCCAAGGCCGCGGACGCGUUCUGUGGCUGCUACCUCCUCCUCGUGCUGUACUCUGCAUUUCACCAUGGCUCGGGGUUUUACGGCGGCGUGAUGGCCGUACUAACGAUCGCGACCAUUUUAGUCGUGCUGCUCGAGUGCUGGGUGCCCCUGCUUGGGCUGGUCGUGUACAAGUUUGUGGGGGUGAUGGAACAAGCGCAUCGGGACUUUGACUCGUUCAAGCUCUUGCCUCGCAAUUGGAAUGCCACUCAAAGCAGCAAAGACCCUGACGAAGAGUCGAACGACGACACCAACGACGAAGGCGAUAGUAGUAGUAGUAGUAGUAGUAGUAGUGAUUCUGACGACAGCUCGGCCGACACCCAGAAGCACGACGGGGCCGCGUCCGCCACGUGGCUACGGUACACUGACGAGUACAACCGGUCGUACGUUCGCAACACGUUGACGGGGGAAAUGUUCUGGGACCGCCCCAAUGACGAUCCCACGCCAAGUGCUCACGAACUGACCCAUCCCUCACCUUCCGACCUCGGGGGACUCAAACCCGAGCUUGCCCUUAGCAACACCAUGUACAUGACCGCCGACGACUUCAAGUACCUCUGGAAUACGCUGCCCCCCGCGGGGGGGUUUCUCUGCCGCAUCCUCUCGACGCCGACGGUGGACGACCUCACGAGUCACUUGAGCGAAUGCCGGUUUUACGUCAUCACGGACGGCCUCGCCGCUGCGCACAUUCGCGCAGUGUACUUUUAUGCGAUUCAUACGGACACGUUGGCGCACUUUCUAGGCGCGUUCCUCAUGGACAGCCUCUCGAUGCAAUUGGAAGCCAAGUUCAAGUGCGACCAACCAGACAUGGUCGCCCCCAUCGUGCGAUGCUUGCAGCUGCGGUACAUUCUUGGGGAUUACGAGCCCCUAGGCGAUAUGUAGGGUGGUUAUACAUGUUAUGUUAAACUUAUAAGCAUAUAUUCAUUGCUGAA